ACACAUCAGUCGAUCAGUUUCUCCCACACGGUGUAGUCGAAAUAAGUGAACUUGAUAAGGCUUUCUCGGAGUCUAUCUCUAUUUUCGUUUGUCUCCGUGAUGCCUUUACGCAAACCGGUGCUGUGUUAGUGUGCGCGCGUGUUUGCCGCGGGGGCCGUUGUAUCUACUGCCUUCGUUCGGGAUUGUGGUGCAACUCGCAGCUGAUUCUCCGACUUGCAAUUCUCUUCGGCACGCACCAAGAAACAAAUAAGGAGGUGCUAGAGGCAAGAUGAUGGCUACAGCGGCUGUCAAGCGAGCUUGGCUCAACGCAAAUCACCAUCAGCAAUUGGUCAAUGCCAGCAAUUCGGAUGCAGACUUGAGAUCAUACUGGCUGCAAGCGCAGCAGUGGACACCAGCAGAACUUCAUUAUCGGCCCGUUACUGCGACAUCUCGACACCAUUCUCCAUCGCCCGGCGUCGAAGUCUGCGAGCAAGGCCACAAUUCCCUCAAAGUCCGCACGGCCGAUUGCGGUCCGCAUCUCGUCAGUUUAGGCAGUGGUCGACUCAGUACAAAUAUCACGCUCAUUCAGUUGCCUGAAGGUCGACUUCUGAUGGGCUGUGGUGGGAGCUAUGUCCAGCGUCAACCGGAUGUUGUGGUCCAGGGGACUGGCGUCGAACCGAUUCACUGUUACAUCGAAAACAUCAAUGGCGUCGUCAGCCUCUAUCCACUCGGAGAGAUGACUUCUGUCGACGGACUACCUGUUGCUACACCUACACGUCUAACUCAAGGUUCUAUGAUUUGCGUUGGUAGAUCCAAUUAUUUUCGCUUCAAUCAUCCGGAAGAGGCUGAACGGAUGAAGACAAUCCUGCCGAACGCACGGAUAUCGUCCGUACCCAUGAGUUUUGCCAAUGCAUCGUCAGCAGCUGGAAUCCCCAGCCCGCCAUCAGCAACGUCGCCUGAGCCUCCGGGUCUUGACAAUCCGGAAUAUUUCCACAUGCCGGGCGUAAAUGGCCACCGUCAUCUACUUAGUAAUGGAAACAGUGCGUUUCAACCGGUACGUAGCAGUAGUCCGCAGUAUAUCGGCGAAUAUUUGCAUCCGCGGAUGCUGUCGCAUUUCGAUCACGAUGACGACGACGACUACGAAGUGUCCGUUCCGACCUCACCACAGCAGCAGUCCAGGUGGCAUUCCGCCUCGCCUAAAGUUUUUUUGCCCAACUCGUCGACCGUUUCACUACCAGCUAGUGCGGUUCUGGGCGUGCGCGGCCGCUCUGCCACGCCGACGGCCGUUCCAACUAGCAAUCUGGCAUCGUCAGAAGCUCACAACUCACACAAGAGAUCGCAUUCCGUCGGUACAAGUCACACUUUAAACUUGCAACAACAACAACAAAUCAAGCCGAAUUUAAGGCAAGAGCGGAGUAGUCUGGAGGCACUGGCUGCCUGCGAGAAUCAGCUGGAAGAACGUCGUCGCAAGGCUCAAGAGGAUCGUGUAAAAGAACAAGAACAAGAACGAGAGGAACGUGCUCGGUUAGACGAGAUUUUACAAAUGUGUGCAGAGUAUCAACGGCAAAUUGACGAUGAACAGCGACACUCCCGCGACACCUUCACCUUGUGUGAAACUCGACCUGACAGUCCUUCCUCUAGCAAACAACAGGCCCAAUCGGCAGCUUCCGGCAAGCCUCCACCCUCCCCUGGUCAUAGUCUCCAUCCAAACAGUUAUGGGUCGACGUACCGUGACGAGGAAGUGAUGAUAAACAGCUCCGUGUGGAUUAAGACUAACGGGUCUCUGCCACGCAAUGAAACGAAACGUUCGGUUCAGUCACCCAAUGGCACCACCGUGGCCGGACGCAACUUGAACACAUCCGAAGAUGAAUUAAGUGGCAUUUUCACUUUUGAUCCAACGCCCAAUUCCAUGCCAGCCAGUCCUUCUCUCUCGAACCAACAGACGGCCGUCGAGUCUGUCAUCAGCUGCAAAAGUCCCUACGAAAACGUGUGUGUUCCACAAAGUCCACGCACGCGCAUCCGCACAACGCUUGGCAAAAAUAAAGAAGAGAGUCCCGAAAGUAUCUCAUCCAGCCAACACACUUAUCAGCUCAUCACGUCCGGCGUUGCCGCCGAGGUGGCCAAGAGGGAAGCUGGCCGGCUGGAGAAGGAGUGCCAGCAAAUUAUGUGCAUUGUUUCCACGUUGAAAAAUCAUGUCACGGACGUAGAGCAUCAGAUUGACGAAGCCAUUCGCGAAGCCGAAAUGGAGCGUGCUCUGUUACAAGGAGAACUGACAGCGCAGCUUGAGAAAAUUUUGCAGGACGAAAAAUGGAUCGAACAAUUAGAACAAAAGGAUCAGAAAUUGGCUGCCGAACUGGAAGAAUUUCGAUUUGAAGAAGGCGCCAAAAUUCAGACUUCCAAGUCCAAAAUGGAAAACAUCGAGCUCGAACUUAACAAAUUGGAAGAGGAAUGUGACGCUUUCAGUGGGUCAACGGACGAAGAAACGGCGUUGCUGGAAAAAAUCAAAUUACAACACGAGCUUCUAGACACUGAACGGAAGUCAUUUGAAGAUCUAGAAUUUCGACUGAUGGAAGGCGUGGCUCAUCGGGAAGCCGAACGCGAAGAGUUACACAAGGAAAUGGCCAGCGUUGAAUUGCGUCUACUCCAACGUAGACAGCAGCUCAGGGAAGUGGAACAGCAACAGCGACAGGCAUCUGAGUCGGCCCGGAAAGAAGCACAGGAACUAGCUAACAGACGGAAAGAAUUGUUCCAACAAAUUGAGGAGGAAAAAUCAAAACUACUAGUGCUGCAAAAUAAGCUGGAACAGCUUUUUAGAGCCGGCCUGGCCGGCGGGCAUUACGACAAUGGAGCCGAAGCUUCGUCUGAUACUGAAGAGAGUGUGACGGAUAUCGAGCAGAGGCUGCAGGAAUUACGUCAGAUGGGCCACUCUCAAGAAGAUUUGGAUCGUAUAGAGCGGAUUGCUAGCCAAAACAGGGCGUUGAACAACACUGAUGACCAGAGCCGCAAGGCAACGGCAACAUUAAUGGAAAUUGAACGCAAUCGUCAGUUGAUCUUAGUGCAACAAGGAGCCCAAGUACUGGAAUUUGAACGGAAAAAAGUUGCCGAGCUUAAGCGACGCGUUCAAGAUCAGGUGCGAGCACAAUGGGAGGAACGAAGAUCAAUGGAACAGCAGCAGCAGUCGGUCGACCGUGAAGUCAACUGUCACAGUCUCAACAGUGUUGGGAGCAGUGAAGAAUCCCGUUCCAGUUUGACAGGGAGCGACGCCCCCACCGAGAGCGAUGAUGUUCCAGCCAAAACGAAUGGUCCCGACCGUGGUAGCAACGGUAGUACUACAUCGGCGCCCAGUACGUCCAUCACCAGCAUUCUGGAGGUCAAGGUGCGGCAACACGACUUCAAUCAGCAGUUGGAAGAUUGCCGGCCAUUAUCAGAAGCAUCAUCUUUUGGUGGCGAAGAUCUACCCGGCGAAGUUCGUUUGAGAGAUAAACAAAGGCAAAUGCAACAACAGCAACAACAGCAGCAGCGACCACUGACGCGUUAUUUGCCCGUCCGUGGGGACGGUUUCGACUUGCGCCAGCAUGUUGAAACAGCCGGGCAUCAGGUGGAACUCUGCCCGCACGUCACUCUGACCUCGACGUCAGCCCGUGGUUACUUGCACAAAAUGGGCUCGCGAUUCAAGACGUGGAACAAACGCUGGUUUGUUUUUGACCGGACGCAACGCACCUUCCUCUAUUUUACUGACAAAAGCGAAACACGCAAACGCAGUGGUGCAUACUUCCAGGCAAUUGAAGAAGUCUACGUUGACCAUCUGCAGUCUGUCCGUUCGCCCAAUCCUAAGCUGACAUUUUGUGUCAAAACACGUGAACGCACAUACCAUUUGAUGGCGCCCAGCGCCGAGGCCAUGCGCAUCUGGGUUGAUGUAAUCUUCACUGGAGCUGAAGGCUACCAGCAGUUUCACGUUUGAAGUUUUAAAAUAUGAUUCUCCAUCUGGAUCGCAACAAAGCAAAGGGCAAAACUGGAAUUAAAGGCGCUUAUAAUGAAAUGAAGCCGUGGCCAACCCUUGUAUAAAAGAAGUAUUCAAUUAUGAUAAAGAGUAAAAUCAAGAAUCAACCACAUAUGUUCCUAUUUGACGUUGAUUUGAAGGAAGGAGUUUGUUUUAAAUCCCUUUACUUUUAUUUCGCCUUUUAAAAUGCAAAGCCAAUCACGUCAGUGGAAAUUUGUUUUCGGAAAUGAAACAAAGCAAACCAGAUAAUUUUAUUUUGCUGUAAAUGGAAUUGAUUGAGUCCUAGUCCAUUAUUCUUUGGGCGCGAUUUGACUUUUCAUGUUUUUCAACUGUAUUUCUCUAUUCCUUUUCUGUUUCGCCGUGCUCCCCUUCCGUCAUGGCGUCUAUUUGACUGAUAGAAGAAGCAUCAGCGAAAACAACUGUCGUUUUUAAAAGGCACGCCUCGUUCAAUACACAGGUUCUUUUUA